AUGGAUUCCUCGAAAUAUCUCCGAAUUCUUGCGAGGCUCGACAGUCAAGCAGUCGAGGCGGAACGAGCCCAGUCCGUAUUCAAAGAGGAACUGAAGGUUUCCAAGGCCGCUGAGAAGCAGGCGAAUGAGGAUUUGGAGCAUGUAUCCAGACUAGCGGAUAUCUUCUUCGAACUUAGCCAGAAAUUGGGAAGCGUGGUGGAUCAUUUGUUGAAGGAGCGCAGUACCAACCAAUCCGGCCAAGAGCCGGAGUCAACAAAGGUAAUGCUUGACGUGUUGUUGAAACGAUUAGAACUACAGGAGAUGGGGGACAGCGGUGAGAACUCCGGUGACUCGGAAAGUGAUGGCACAAGGGCUGGGGAACAGUGUAACUAA